AAAUCACAAAAUCUCAAGAAUAAAAUCUACCUUACAAAAGGAUGAUAAAAUCUAAAAUUUAUAUCCAAUUAGAAUGACUAGCCUUCUACCUCGUCACUCCCCUUGGUUUCCCCGUCCUCGGUUUCGCUUCCUGAAAUGGUGGACAAAGAAAAACUAUGAGAUAACUCAGUGUAACUAUGGAUCGAGUUGUCUUAAACACUGAUGUGGAUUAUCAAUGGCUUGCGCCAGAGAUGAGGGCACAAGUUGAAGUAGUAACUAUCUUGCUAGCAGAAAUUGAUAAUGAUGAACUUGAACGAUUUCAAGCAGUCAUUGAAAGGAUCAAAUUAAAGAAGACUAUAGUAGAACAAUUAAAUAUCACUUGUCAAUGGUGUGGAUGUGACCAUUUUAGUUCUGAUUGCUAUUUUAAACGAUCUAACAAGUGUGUUGAUUUUUCUGGUGAUUUUUAUAGCCAACAGUAUAAUUCUUAUCCCAAUGCAUGUAAUGUUGAUCCAAACACCUCAUGGAAUAAUGAAGAUAUAUUGGAGCCACAAUCAAGGCUUCAAGCUCAAGAAAAGGAGUUGUGUUUGGAUAAAAACUUAGAAACUCAAUCAAGUCAUUUGCUCAACUUAGUUGCUGAAGAGAUACAAGGUGAGUUACCUAGUGCAACAAUGAAAAAUCAAGAAGAAAAGGUAACCACCUUACCCUUGGAGAUUGGAGGACAACUUGGAGAAGUAGAAAUUAUGCCUACAGAAACUAAACAAGAGGAUGUCCCUAAGGAGGAAGAGGAAAAAGCUCAAGUGUCAUUUGAAGUGUUCAAUGGGGAGUCUCCUUUAACCAAAUCUGAUUUUAAUGAUUAUUUUGUUAUUGAUAUGAUUGAUGAGAUUUUGCAGAAAAACACUUAUGAGGAUCCAUUUGAGAUUUACUUUAUUCAAGCAAAGAACCCAAUCAAAAAAUACAUAAAUUGCUUGAACACAUCAUCUUCCUUGGAAUCCAAGGGGGCACUCCUAGAAGAAUUGGGAAGGCACAUCUACUGGCCUAAACCCAAACCACCUCAAAAUAGUCAUUGGAGAAAAUCUUGUGGUGGAUUCAACUUAAGGGCAAGAAAGCCAAGAUUUAGGAAAACGAGAGGACAUGCCCUACAACCUGAUCCAAAACCACCUUGGAGUGGUAGAAAGUCUAGUUAAUGACUAUAAAUUAAGCGCUUCUUGGGAGGUAACCCAAGCAUAAAAUUUUUCUUUUCUUUAAUUUAUUUUUCUUUUAUAGUUUAGCUUUUCUUUUAAUUUUUUUCUUUUUCUCUUUAUGGCCUAGGUUAAUGCAUAAAUUGUUGUUCUUUGA